AGAAAACAGGCAAAAGCCAUCUAGAAACAGUAGCUAUUUUGUUUAUCUCCUCUGCACCAUUUUUCUCCACCAAACCUAUAAAUAAAACAAACUCUCAAAACCUUUUGUCCUUCUGUUUCUCUUUCAAACAUAAAAAUGGCCCAUCUCAUCCAAAUUCUGAACAGAAAAAACUGCAGAUAGUGAAAAACAAAAACCAAACACAAAAAAUAUGAAAAGAAAAAAAAAAGAUUGGUCUUUUUGUUUCAGACAGAGUAAGAUAGGUUUUUAGAUAUGUCCUCAAUUAUCCUCCAACCACAUCUCUCCCUUCAUAACACAAACCAAAUCCAAAAUCAUUCAUCUUUCCAUAAAUGCCCCUGCUCUGUUUUCUUUCAUUCUUGAUGGGCCUCUCUGGUUUCUUGCCCUUCCAAGAAACUUCAAAGAACGUGAGGAACUUAAAGUUCGUUCCUUUUUUUAUUUCCUUAUUGGAAUUCAAUUGGGUUUCCAAUUAGGAUUUGGUAUCUCUGUUGUUUAUUCCCAACAAAUUUAAUUUUCCUAUUUAAAGAUGCAAUCUUGGAUUUAAAAUUUUACACUUUUUUUUUUGUUCAUACCAAUUCUGCAUUGAAAAGGGUUUAUUUUACCAAUCUUCAAUAAAAUGUUGAAGGGAAAUUUGAAAAGGGUAGCUGUUAAAACUGAUCAAACUCAAAUUGUUGAUGCGGAUGCUAGAAAAUACAAAACCUUGUCUGACGAUUACUUUAUAUUGCUAAAGGAAUCUGUUUCGAUGAAGAGAAAGUUGCGGAGAACACAGCAGAAGAGGGCGAUUCUGAUGGCCGAAGUGCAGUUUUUGAGAAAAAGGUACAGAUGUUUAACUGAUGGAGAGUCUCACAAUCUUCAAGUGGAUGAUGAUGCUGUGCCAGCACAAGCUUAUGCUGCUCAAAGUGAGGAAGAAGAUACUGUUAAGGCACCAAGACCAGUUAAGAAACCCAGAAUUGGAUUAAUCAAUGGGAAAAAUAGAAUUGACAAGAAGAAAAUCUCUUGGCAAGAUCAGCCAGCUUUAAUAGAUAGUCAGAUACAGUAGAAUUUUUGUUAGUCAGGAUCAUUGAUUAUCAAAAUAAUGUAAUAGAAAUUACAUUGACUUAUUGACUUUCAAUUUGAACAAUGUCAAA